AUGGGAAAGAUUGUGCACCCCACCCACCCCGGGAGUCCAGGAAUCUGCCCUGAGGCUGGCCCCUCACCUGAUGCUGCACUCUUCCUCCCGCCCUCCCAGGUCGUCCACACUGGUGAGAAACCCUACUGCUGCCUGGUCUGCGAGCUCCGCUUCUCCUCACGCUCCAGCCUGGGCCGCCACCUCAAGCGCCAGCACCGCGGGGUGCUCCCGUCCCCGCUGCAGCCCAGCCCGGGCCUGCCUGCCCUGAGCGCGCCCUGUUCCGUCUGCUGCAACGUCGGGCCCUGCUCAGUGUGCGGGGGCGCGGGGACCGGCGGCGGAGAGGGCCCAGAGGGGGCAGGCGCGGGUCCGGGCAGCUGGGGGUUGGCAGAGGCGGCGGCGGCAGCCGCCGCGGCCUCACUGCCCCCAUUCGCUUGCGGAGCCUGUGCGCGGCGCUUUGAACAGGGCCGCGAGCUGGCGGCGCACUGGGCGGCGCACACCGACGUGAAGCCCUUCAAGUGCCCGCGCUGCGAGCGCGAUUUCAACGCCCCUGCCCUGCUGGAGCGGCACAAGCUGACACACGACCUGCAGGGGCCGGGCGCACCCCCCGCGCAGGCCUGGGCCCCCGGGGCGGGCGCUGGGCCCGAUGCAGUCGGCCAGGAGGGCGCCAAGGAGGUGGGCGACGCCCAGCCGGCCUGGGACACCGGGCUGCCCCUAGGCCGCGCGGGGGGCGGGGUGCCUGAGCCGGAGGCGCUGCCCCCUGAGGGCGGCGGGGAGGCCCCCGCGCCGGCGGCCGCGGCAGAACCGUCGGAGGACACCCUGUACCAGUGUGACUGCGGAACGUUCUUCGCGUCGGCCGCGGCGCUGGCCAGCCACCUGGAGGCGCACUCGGGCCCGGCCACCUACGGCUGCGGCCACUGCGGGGCCCUGUACGCGGCCCUGGCGGCGCUGGAGGAGCACCGGCGGGCCAGCCACGGCGAGGGUGGAGGGGCGGAGGCGGCCGCAGCGGCCCCGGACGGAGAGCCCGUGCCCGGGGAGCCCGCGUCCGGCUCCGGCCGCGGCAAGAAGAUCUUCGGCUGCUCCGAGUGCGAGAAGCUGUUCCGCUCGCCGCGCGACCUGGAGCGGCACGUGCUGGUGCACACGGGCGAGAAGCCGUUCCCGUGCCUCGAGUGCGGCAAGUUCUUCCGCCACGAGUGCUACCUCAAGCGCCACCGGCUGCUGCACGGCACCGAGCGGCCAUUCCCCUGCCACAUCUGCGGCAAGGGCUUCAUCACGCUCAGCAACCUCUCCCGGCACCUGAAGCUGCACCGGGGCAUGGACUGAGGCGGCCGGGCCGGGCCACCGCCGCGGCCCUCCCAAAGCCAGGCGCGGGCCCUGAGAUAAAGGGCCCUGCCUACGUAGUGGGGGCCACCAGACACCCGCCAGGCCAGAACUGGGGGACAGCAGAUAAACGGAGAUGCUCCUCAGCUUAGGAUCCCGGGGCUGUGAGAGACUCCUGAGCUGUGGUCACUGGAACUGGUGCCUGACACCCCCAAACCAACAGGCCCUGAAUGGUGGAGACCUAGGAAUGAGAAAUGGGUCUUUAGGACUUCCCAUCUUGAGGGCCCUAAUAAUAAAAGAUGGGUACCCCUCCGCCAAGGGAGGACUAACCCUCUCCCCAAGAGCCAUCAUUCCCAAAGACCUUGAUAUGGAGAAUGCAGGGGACCAUGUCCCCAAAUUUGCCUGGAUCCCUCUAAAUGCUACCCACCAGUCACUGGUGUCCCCAGAAAAUGGAUAUAGCCGGAAUCUGCCUUCCCCCAUUUCAUUCCCUAAGCCCAAGAGGACCAGGGUAGAUGCCCCCUGCCCUAAACCCCCUCCCCAGUUAGGUCUCCACUAAGGAAUGGAUCAACCCUAAUGAUCUUCCCCACCCCCAAAUACUAGAAUAGGCUGGUUGGAAAUCUCCCCACCCAGUAGGAUGAACUAAUUCAGACACACACCCCUGUCCACUGGCACAGGCUGGUCCAGGUGGGCCUGCACCACACCCUCCUCCGAGUACACCCAGCAGACGCCCCUCUUCCUCUGGAGUGGGGCCAGCCUGCUCGUUCCCCAUCCUGGGGACGCGUCUGGGUGGGAUCAGGUGGAUGGUGCAUUUUCCCUCCCGCUCUGCUGUAGCGCCUGUGGGUCUUACCAUCUCUGUUGUUUUGUUUGUCUCUGUGUUCCUCCCAGUCCCAAGGGGAAGGGGGGGUUGGCCAGGGGGUUCCCCCCAUGAGCCUCGACCUCACCCCCUCAUCCCCCUCCCCAGUGUCUCCAGGACCCCAAUAAACCUCGUCCUGUCACACA